AUGGACAGUGGGAAUCGCAGCGAAGUGGCCGAAUUCAUCCUUCUUGGACUUUCCAAUGACCCCAGUAUACAAGUUGUGCUAUUUCUACUCUUCCUGGCUAUCUACACAGCGACACUGGCUGGCAAUGCUCUCCUUAUCCUAGUAGUUGCCUUUGAUCAGCGUCUACACAACUCAAUGUAUUUCUUCCUCACUAACUUGUCUCUCCUUGACAUCGGCUAUACUUCAGUAACUAUUCCUAAAAUGCUUGUGAACUUUCUAGCUGAAAAGAAAACUAUUUCAUUCAUAGGCUGCUUUGUCCAGGUUUUUCUUUUCCAUUUCCUGGGUGUAAGUGAAUGCAUCCUUUUGACUUUCAUGGCAUAUGAUCGGUAUGUUGCAAUCUGUAACCCUCUACGAUACAAUAUGGUCAUGAACAGAACAGCUUGUGGUCUGAUGGUCAGUGUUGUUUGGGUGAUUGGAUGCAUUAUAGCUUCAACCGAUAUUUUCUUUAUACUCAAAUUAACAUUCUGUGGUCCGAAUACAGUCAACCAUUUCUUCUGUGAGGCUACAUCCAUAGAUCAAUUAGCGUGUAGUAAUCUCUCUAUAAACAACAUUAUAAAGUUGUUUGGCAGUGUCACAUCACUUCUCAUCCCACUUAGUCUUAUUUUUCUUUCAUAUCUGCGCAUCAUUUCUGCAUUAAUGAAACUCCAUUCUGGGAAAUACAAAGCAUUUUCUACGUGUUUUUCCCACCUGAUUGUCGUGGUUAUUUAUUUUGGAACUGCUAUUUUUUUGUACAUUACCCCUAAACACGUAAAGGCCAUUGAAGACAAAAAUGUGUCUCUCUUGUAUACAACAGUGACCCCUUUGUUAAACCCCUUGAUUUAUAGUUUAAGAAAUAAAGAUGUUCAUAAAGUAUUUAGAAAGUUAAUCAGCAGGGUUCCG